AUGUCAGAACAUCCAAACGGCGGGGACUCCCUGGUCACCGAGGCCAAUAUCAAUGUCCAAGAGAAGCGACCAUUCUCAUGGCUCGAACCUCACCCCAUUUUCGUCAUCAUACUCAUCGGUCCCGACGAGCAGCCCUUCGGAAUCCAAAAGGACUUUCUGUGCGACCGAUCUGAGUUUUUCCAGAAACACUUCUCCUCGACCGCCAUCGAAGACAAGGUCGAGCACGUUGUGCGACUCCCAGACGCAACACAAGAGGUCUUUGGGUUGGCUCAGAGUUUCCUCUACACCGACGCGGUCAUUUCCGAUGUGUCCAACGUGCCGUCAUACGAGGCGCUCGUCGGCUUGUGGAACCUGGGGCACAAGCUGGGUAUCCGGGGACUGUGUGACAAGACGCUCGAAGCCAUGGUCGACUGCCGGCGCAUCACGGAGCGGAUCCCAGCCACGCCCCUGCUCAUUCAGGUCUGGAAGGAUACUCCCGAGGGCUCAUCGAUCAGGAAGCUUCUCUUGUCGUGGACGGCAGAGUACAUGCGUUCUUCCGAUGCUAGGGCAGAGUUUGCAAAGUCGUUGCCACAGGAGGUGCUCAGCGAGCUCGUCGUAGCCAUGAGCUCCUUUGAUACCAUCACGGCGGUGGCAGAUACGUCCGUCAUCUCAGCUGCGACCCCUCGCAAGAACGUGCACUAUCUGGAAGAAGAGAGUGAAGAUGAGGUUAUCAAAAACACCAAAAAGAACCGGCGAUCUUUGGGCACACCUAGCGGGCUUCUGCCAUCUGUCGACCAGAAGCUGGCCAACAAAAACAAGCCGCCCCGGCCUUCUCUCCCCAAGCCAGUACCAAAGCGCCGAACAAGUGCCGGCUAUGUGGACAGCCGCACAUUUACAACAGCGCAGAAGCUGGACUUUUGCGCAGAUCUCCUGACUAGAAUGCUCUCAGGACCCGGUUUCUGGACACGUCUUGUCGGCCCCUUCCGUGACCCGGUCGAGCCGGUCGAAGACGGCGUGCCGGACUACUUUGACAAGGUCAAGCGGCCAAUGGACCUUAGCACGAUCAAGACCAAGAUGGACCGCAAGGACUACAGCAACGACGAGGAGUUUGCGACAGAUGUGCGGCAGAUCUUUGAGAACUGCUUCAAGUACUGGAAGAAGGGAGACCCAAUGUGGAAUGCCGGAGAGAAGCUGCAGAAGACGUUUGAAGACAAGUUCUCGCACAUGAACAAGUGGAUCGCCAAGAUGGGCGGUGAGGAGGGCGAGUAG